CGCCCACAGGCUGGUGAGCGUCUCCUGCCGCCGCCCCCACCUUGGCACGAGUCCCGCCUAAAGAGGAUGAGCGGGAGCCCCCUCCGAGCACGAGCGUGACGGAGAUUGCCGCCUUUCCUUCCAGCCCCCUCGCCAGCCGUUCCCAUUCGCUGCCAGGAUGGGAUACUCCGACCCGACUUCCAGCAGGGAUUUGCUGGGGAACCGAACUUUGCUUUUCAUCUUCAUUUGCGCCUUUGCCGUGGUCACGCUGCUGCAGCAGAUCUUGUACGGCAGAAACUAUUUCAAGAGUGGGCUGCAGUUUAGCUGGCAGAGUGGCGAGGAAAUGGCCAACUGGACCGGCAGCCUCAAUUUCACGGACGGCGGAGCUCUGAGGAAUGGCAGUGAUCCAGGCACCAGGUACUUUGAAUUUUAUGAAGGUCCUUUAGAGUUCAACUCCACAAAAUGCCUUGAACUGAGGCGGGAUAUCAUUGAGGUGAAGGUGCUCUCAAUGGUGAAGCAGUCAGAAUUGUUCGAGAGGUGGAAGAAUCUACAGAUGUGCAAAUGGGAAAUGAAUGUCACCGAAGCCAACUUUUUCAAGUCUACUUUGUCAAGGUGCUGCAAUGCCCCGGCCUUCCUCUUCACCACCCAAAAGAACACUCCUUUGGGAACGAAGCUGAAAUACGAAGUGGAUACAAGUGGGAUCUUUCACGUCAACCAAGAAAUAUUCAGAAUGUUUCCAAAGGAGAUGCCAUACUAUCGGUCCCAGUUUAAGAAAUGUGCGGUGGUUGGGAAUGGAGGAAUUCUGAAGAGCAGCCGAUGUGGCCGGGAGAUCAAUGGUGCAGAUUUUGUAUUUCGAUGCAAUUUGCCUCCCAUUUCUGAGAAAUACACUGUAGACGUUGGUGUAAAGACUGACAUCGUGACAAUUAAUCCCAGCAUAAUUACUGAAAGGUUCCACAAGCUGGAUAAAUGGAGGAAGCCCUUUUUUGACGUCCUGCAAGUCUACGAAAAUGCCUCGGUGUUGCUCCCUGCCUUCUACAACACGCGUAACACGGACGUCUCCAUCCGGGUCAAGUAUGUCCUGGAUGACUUUGAGUCCCAGCAGGCUGUCUACUAUUUCCACCCGCAGUAUCUCAUCAACGUCUCGCGCUACUGGCUGAACCAAGGGGUUCGGGCCAAGCGGAUCAGCACCGGCUUGAUCCUGGUGACCGCAGCCUUGGAGCUGUGCGAGGAAGUGCACCUUUUUGGCUUCUGGGCCUUCCCCAUGAACCCCUCAGGGAUCUUCAUAACCCACCAUUACUAUGACAAUGUCAAACCUCGACCAGGAUUCCAUGCCAUGCCUUCCGAAAUCUUCAACUUCCUUCAUAUGCACAGCAAGGGGGUUCUGCGGGUUCACACGGGCGCCUGCAGUUGACGAGGACCAGCCGUUUAAUUGAUCAUGUGUUGUGCGCAGAGAAAGGAGGAGCCAGCACAACAGGAACUCUGGGUCUGGAGAAUCCAUUCACGUGGCGGUUUUUGCGGUGAAAGAGUCACCUCAGAAGAAGGGGAGUUCACUCCCUUUCCGAUAUUCAUGUUUUAAAAUGCUCUUGUGAAAGUGGCCCCCGUGGGAGGAACUAAGUUGCCACGUUCUGGAAAAUCACUCACAGCUGUGUGAAUUAGCUCUAGAUGUUCAGUGUCGAGGAGUUUUAUCACAGUGAGAGUUUUAUGCAAUAAUGUCCAUUUCCUCAAUGGCUUUGUGUUCCUUAAUGGCUGGGGUGGCCUGCUCCUGUCCCUGCUCUCUAUGUAGGGUUACUGUCAUUUGGGUGAAGCAGGUCUUAUCCAUCACACAGAUCUACUCACUGCCCUGGAACCCAUCAUGAGCAAAGAAGCACAUGAUCUAUAGGUCCUAGACUAGAAAUAGAGCACAUUACCAUAGUGAUUCAUUAUUAUUUCACCUCUAAGAAAGCAUCAAACCUGAGUGUACUUGACAAAGUAGAGGAUUCUAGCCAAAUGGUUCUCAAAACUGUGGUACUAAUACACUCUGGAGAGAGAGUACAUUAUCACUCAUGAGGGGAUUGUUCAGAAAAAUCCUGGAGAGCAGGGGUUCACCUUGGGUCUCCAAAAGGGGUCUGCUCGAAAUGGAUUUUUUGUUUCAUUUUGAGCUCGAAAUGAAAUACAGAAUGUUAGAAAUGUUUCAUCGAAACAGUGGCAGAGUGUUUCAGAGUGGCAGAAACUUUUCAAGUGUUUCAUGUGUUCUGGCCAUAGGGAACAAUGCGGAACUCGAAACACUCCAUUGUUCCCAUGGGGAGCUCCUAGGGACACCAAAGUGGGUUGGGAUGUUAGGGCAUGAUGGGUGCUACCUACCACUCAACCCACAAAAGAAAUGGGCAAGCAGGCGAUUUUUCUUUUCUUUUUUUAAUCUUCCCCCCCAAACCCCCAUCGGAUCCUAUGGGGAAAGGUUAAAAAAAACUUAAUCACCCACUUGCCCAUUUAUUUUGUAGGUUGGCUGGUAGGUAGCACCCAUCAUGCUGUACUACCCAACCCAUUUGGGUGUCCCUAGGAGCUACCCAUGGGGAACAAUUGGGUGUUUUGUGUUUCCCAUUGUUCCCUGUGGCUGGAACAAGCGGAAUGCACAAUUUUGCAACCCUGCCUUGAAAAACACUGCAGAAGCACACAGUGAAAGGGAAUCUGUCCUUGACACAGAUUUCAAAGGCAGUCCAAAAAUAGCCCCCCCCAAUCACUGACCCAGAAUCCACUGCCAGCCACAGUGUUUAUGCUGCAGUAACAUCAAUGGCACAUUUGUUUAUUCAUUUAUUUGAGAGAAUAAUAAUUUCUCAAUAUUUUGAGACUAAUUUGAGAGAUUUUUUAAUCUCUCACACACAAUUGUGACUCCUUAUGUUCCAAGCAUUGCAACAGCAGCCACAACAGCACCCUUAGCAGCAAGCAUAGCCAUAAGCUCAACUAGAGCAACUUCAGCCACGUUUUGACUGAGUACAACACCUUGCAAUGCAGAUUGCAGAACAGAUCAGAGGAGUAAGUGAAGCACAAGUUACUAUCAAGGCCAGACAUGGAGCUUAUCACAGCAGUCACCAAGAAAUAUUACAUACACACACUGUCCAUUUCUUGCCACAACACUGUCUCACAAACAAAACAAACCACAACUCAAGAAAGGCAGGCACCCAAGUUCUGCCUUUGUCAAUCUGAGAUCCAUCAAAACCAGAUAGUUAUAGCAUCAAUAGCACAGCAAGCAUAUUAUACUCAGUACUGAUAAAAGAAAACCACAAAAUCAAACCUUCCUCAGUUCCUUCCUCCUCUCCUGAUGUAAGGGCUCUCCUCUCUCUGCCUCCUAGUCCCUCUGAAUACAUUUUGAAAUUUCCGCCAAAAGUGUUCACCCUCCCUUCCCCCAGCCAAUGGGGGGCACAGUUGCUCAUGACAACACGUGAUUUGGAUGCUAACAAGCCAACAAAGAAGCAAGGAGAUUGCAAGCCAGUGGGAAUCCAGUUCCAGAACACCAAUCAGCAAGGGAAAAACAGACCACCAAAAUGGUGCUCGAAGCACGUGAAAUGUUUUGAGGUGAAACUGAGUCGUUCUGUUUCGAGCUCAAAACAUGCCCAUUAUUUUAAGGGCAUUUUGGUUUGAUCUCGAAACAUUCAAAACAGUCCAGAAGCAUUUUCCACAUCCCUAGUCUCCAACUGUUGUUGGACGACAACUCCCAUUAUCCUCAGCCACAAUGGCCUGUGGCCAUUGUGGCUGGAGAUGAUGGGAGUUGUCGUCCAACAACAGCUGAGGACCCAAAGUUGAGAACCUCUGCUGGAGGGGAAGUUUUCAUUGUACUUUGUCUGCAAUUCCAUCUGCUUUCAUGGUGGUUUCUCAGCGGUAUUACUGGUAUGAAGAAUCUGGCCCAAUGGUCCUUGAAAGGAUGCACAAAUAGGGACACAAGAAGCUGCGUCUACUGAGUCUGACUAGUGAUCCACUUAGCUCAUUGUGGUCUACUUUUACUGGCAGUGACUCUCCAAAGUUUCAGGCAGGAGUCUGGAGAUACCAGGGAGUGAACCUGGGACCUGCAUGCAAAGCAGAUGUUCUACCACUGAGUUACAGCCCUUCCCCCUAUUUACAGUAUCUCCUCUUUCAGGUUGCACCAAGCAAACCAUGUGGAUUGGUUACCACUUAAGAUACAGGCUACUUGUCAUACUGACGAUCCUGGGAUUCAAGAGGGAUAAAAGGAUGCAUUCCCCUUCAGAGCUUAGAACUGUGUUUCGGAUCCACAUUUACAAUUAUGAGUGCAGUUCUAAGAGGUAGUAGUUCAUUCGUUUGGAGUAAAAGGGUGUGCCUGAAAAGGAAUUUGCAAAAUAGAUGCAGAAACAAGCGGUGGCCAUGCUAUAGGGAUAAUGUAUGAGGCAGCACUAGAUCAGGGAUCAUGAACGUGCAUGCUUGCAUCUGCAAUGCCAGACACAACUACUGUUGCAUUUGAAACUAGAUAGAUAGAUAGAUAGAUAGAUAGAUAGAUAGAAAGGAAUUUCUGACCUCAAAUUCCACACGCCAAGGAAAUACAAAUGUUAAGGGACAUUUCCCCUGUAUUCCUGGUAUAUUCCAAGCUCUCAGUAAUGGUGAUCGCAGGGUGGUUUUGUGCUGUCAUGUUAUUCCCUUGACAAUUGCCCUGUCAUCUAAAGUAAUCCCCACAUGGUAACUAGCAAGGUAGUUUUUCCUAGCACAUAAGAGCCUCCUUGAGCUGUCAGUGAUGAGAUUGUUACGAUCUUCCUUGUGGUGAUAUUAUUAUUACCAUGUGAAUGUAUUGUUUGCAGGCUAUCUGGCUCCACCAGUGGUUUGGGGGCUCAUCAGGAAUAUGAGAAUGUUCCUUACUGUGAGACAUAGGGCCUAAUUCACCAGGAAGUGUUCCUGCUCAAGGCCCAUCAGAACAAACAGGAGCUGUGCACAAGAGCAGUAGCCUCUUUCAUUUCAAUGGGGUUCCUGCAGGAGAUGUUCUCAAUCGAUUUUGCCCACACGGCAAUGAUUUUCAAACUUCAUGCCUUCAGGAAACACUUUCUGCAUUGACUUUGUCUGUAGAGUUUGUGCUAAACAGCUCCUGCGUGUUGCAAAGGAUUUGGGGGCAUAUCUGAGGGCAGGGUUUCUCAUCUUUGAGUCCCCAGAUGCUGUUGAACUGCAACUAUCACCAGCCCUAGCCACAAUGACCAUUGUGGCCAGGGAUGAUGGGAGUUGUAGUCCAACAACAGCAACAGGGGUCCCAAAGUUGAGAAACCCUGUUCUAGGAUAUACACUCAGCUCAGAGACUGGCCUUUUAGGCCUUCUUGAUCAAGAGCAGGGUCCAGCAUUUAUGAUUUGUUUGGCACAUUUCUGUAGAACCCCAUAUGCAAAUCUCUGUGUGGCUCACAAUCUAAAAACACAACAAUUAAAUUGGACCCAGCAGCCCUUUGUGGCUGCAGGAGAAGAUCAGCAGUGAUGGGCAAGUUGUCUUUCAGGAAAACCUCUUUGCUCAUUGAGGAACACCCAACAAGUGUCUGGGGUGCUAUGGGGCUUCCUAGCAAACCAUUUACAGCCACCCCCUUAGGAAAAAUGACAGAGAGCAUUUGUAAAUAGAUAACUAGAUAUCCAUGUUGUUGAUGUUACUGAAAGUUAUUUUUCAUGAUGCAACUGCCAUGUUUGUUGGCACUGUGGAAGCAAACCAUGGGCUAUGGGGGAGAGGUCUACGUUUCCAGCCAAUGUCCAUGAAACCACUCCCUUAAUGAAGCAGCAGCCUCUGGGUGGCAGCUGUGUUGUGAGAAGCGGCCCAGGGUGUUCCUUUUGAAAGCCAUAAAUAUUCUCAGUGUAAGUGUGAGUCGAUGGAUAUUCAUUAUUAUGAAUCUCAGUCACUGUGAAAUGUACCUAGCAUGUCAAAGGGGUUAUACAUGGCUGCAGAAGACAGCACUUUGGAUAGAUCUUUAAUUUGUAUUUUUGUUCAACUGCACUGAGUUGGAUGGGGCCCUGAAGCAGAUCCAAAACAUAUUUGCAAUGAAUUGUCUUUAUGAGAUGAGCGGGCUAGAAGGGACACUGCAACAUCCUUCCUGAAGCUAAGUAGGUUUGGGGCUGGUCAGUGUCUGGAUGGGAAACUCCCUGGGAAUCUUACGUACUCUGUCUUGAGCUCCAUAGAAGAAAGGCGGACUAGAAACGUGAUUUAUAAUACUGUUGCAAGGAUCUCCUGGGGAAAAGCAAUGUACAUUGCAUGUGGGCAAUUCUACGGGUAAUGGAAUCAGGCAGUUUACCACUUUUCCAUUGACUGUAACCAUAAGCAGUUUUUCAAGUUGACAUGAUAUAUAUCCACUGGCAAGAGAACAUCUGCUAUGAGGUCAUAUUUAUACAAAAUCCUUCAAUAGUAUAAAGAGCAUCUGAAACAUGCAAAAUAUGUCAGAAACAGGCUCAGAAACAAUGUCUAAAAAUUCUGAUUCCAUUACCGACGCAUUUUUGCACGUUUCAGACAUCUAUUGUUUCUUUGUUUGUUUGUUUGCAUUUUAUAUCCCGCUCUUCCUCCAAGGAGCCCAGAGUGGUGUACUACAUACUUAAGUUUCUCCUCACAACAACCCUGUGAAGUAGGUUAGGCUGUAAAAAUAUGACCUGACAGCAGGAGAUUUUCUCAUGCCAGUGGGUAGGUAUAUAUAAUAUCAACUUGAAAAUUUACGAAUAGCUGUAGUCGUUGAGACAGUGGAAGCCUGCCUGAUUCCACUACCCUUGGAAUUGCCCCUGUGCCCACACCUCUGCAGAAUACCUGUCAGUGAGAGCCAGGUGUCCCCGUUUCAGGGCUGCUUCCCCCUUGCAACAGCACUGUUUCCCAAUGCAGUGCGUUACUUGUCUCUAUAGGUGUAAUGCUAUAUAGAAGAAAAUAAAGGAAUAUAUUUAGGGAAACCAUCCAGGCAGGAGCUCAAGACUGAUCCACAAGCCACUGAGAAUCAAGUUGGAUCUUCUCUGCAUAGUCCCACCCUUCAUCUGCAUAGCCCCUCCCACAGUUCUCUGGUUUCUUGGCUAUGUUACAGUAGGGCUUCUCCGCCUUGGGUCUCCAGAUGUUGAACUAAAACAUCCAUCACCCCCAGUUUGUGACAGCCAAAGACCAACAAAAGCAGGGGACUCAAGGUUGGGAACUCCUGCAUAGUAGGGGUGUGCACAAACAAAAGACUGUGGCUCGGCUCAAAUUCAAAUCAAAUUCGAGCCGAACCGGCCGGUGCAGUCUGUUCGACUGAACCGGUUCAGGCGGUUAAUACUUGUAAAGGGGAAUCCAGUGAGGAUUCUCUUUUACAAGCAAAGGGGGUCCUAGAAUCCUCUAAGGGUGAGAGCAGCAAAAGAGAGAAAUGUAUUUCUCAGAUGCAUACAGUGGAUGCAGGGAGGCACCACAUGGGCAGCUUCCAAAGCAGAGCAUUGUAUGUGCUUGGGGCUGUGCUGGGGGGUGGAGCUAGCUGUCACGCCUUCCCAGUAAGAACAUUUCUACUUCUCUUGCCACCCCUGCCUGCCCGUUCACUGCCGAACUGGUCCACCCAAACAGAGUUUGGUCCGGUUCAAUGCAGACUGAACUGCCCCCCUGGAUUGGUCCAUAAUCUAGCUGCCGAACCAGCCCGAGGCGAACCAGUUCAGCAGCGAACAGUUUGUGCACACUCCUACUGCACAAAUGUGCAACAGAGCCUUAGGAACCAAUUUUUAUUGUAUUGGUUUGUAUGAACUAAUCAGUUUGUGCCAGUAUUAUCACAAGCUUGGCCUAAGGUAUGUUAGGCUUGGCCUAAGCAUGGCCUAACACAGGCUUGGCCUACGUAUGCAAGACCCGAUGCAAAAUGGUAAUGCACCUCCCCUAUUGUUUGCUUCCCCACUCAGCCCUAGAGCUUUCUUGAUCUAACAACCCCUUUCCCCGUGUGUCAGAGGGUUAUUGGCGGAGAGACCAGAGAGUCAAGUUACGUUGAGCAAGCACAUGAAUUCUGUAGCUUUCAUCUUUGUGUAGAAGAGAGGGUUUGGGCUUGUACAGUUUUCUCAUCUUUGCAGCACUAGAAAGCGGCAUUGGCAAAAAUCCCCACUUUCACCCCGCUCGUGAAGCGACAUUUUAAGUGCUAAGAGGCAGGCAAAUGGAAUUACAUUCUGCAACAUUAAACUAUUCAGGAAUCAAAAGUCAAAAUUUAUAGACAUAGGCUUUAAAUAUAAGAAUUGGGUGUUUUUUUUUAGUUUUUACAUGCAGAUUCAAAAUCUUGAGAAUGUAUGUUUGAAUGACGCCCCCUCAGUGGUGGAGGGAGGCCAGUGGCGGCCCAGGUCCAGCUCACCCCCGUGGCCCCCUAGCCCCACCCCUGUGUCUGAUGGCAGAUACUAAGCCACACACCCUGCCUCUGAUGGCAGACACAGGGGGCGUCGCUUUGCUUGCAAACAGGGCCCUGUGGCCCCAUUUGCAGGCAAAAUUCCUGGCCAGCAUCAUGUUCGCCGCAUGGCUGGAGUGGCUCCCCCUGCCUAAAAGACGGGGAGAGUUGCUCCUGGCCAUGUGGCAAACGCAGUGCUGGUUUAGCUUGCAACAGGGCCCCAGGACCCUGUUUGCAAGCACAAUCCUUGGCUAGUGCCCUGUUCGCAGCAUGGCCGGGAGCAACUCUCCCUGCCUUUUGUACAUCAGACGCAGGGUGUGUGGCUGGGAUGCCGGGCAUGGUCCCUGAUUGACGGCGGCCCAGGUUCUUUGAACCAGUUUGCUCAAUGGUUUGCUCAAUGGCAGUGGCGUAGCGACAAUGGAAAAGGGUGAUGUCCCCGGGCCAUCUGAAGAAGCCCCUCCACUGGAUGGGUGACAGCUUGCUCUUUGCACGUCCCCUUGCACCCCUCUGAAAGAGAAGAUGGCAGAGACCCAUCUUCACUUAUUGUCCCAGGUCCUACUCCAACCCGGCUAUGUCUCUGCCUUUUUAGAACAUUGGUUCUCAACCUUGGGUCCCCAUCCACAAUGGCCAAUGGGGGGGAUGAUAGGAAUUGUAGUCCAGCCACACUUGGGAACCCAAAGUUGGGAACCUUUGCUUUAGAAGUCCACUCAUAAAAACCCCAAGUUGUUCAGAACUACAAGUUUCUUGGAAUCAAAGAAUUAAUCCUAGUUCCUUGCAUCUCCCCAUGCAGUCACUUGGUGCUAGUGAUUAGUAACAAUUUAAUCUUCCCUUUUAACAAAUUGCUUUGUAGCUUUUGUGGCAUCAUAUUAUUCCUCAAAGCAUUCUCUGAACUCUCCUUCCAACUGCAAAGAUAGAAAAUCCAUGAUUUGCACUAAAUUAUUUUUGAAGCAAACUCGUGAUUGUUGUGCACAUCUUGAGAUCUGAACACUUUCGAGCUCUUACAUUUAAUGUUCAUAGAGCAGUACACAUGAUCUAUUCUCUACAUUUUACAGGGUUUAGUCCCUGUGUUGAAUUUUAAAAGAAACACUUGUACAGUCAUGAAAAUAUGUACACAUGUACCAACGUUUGUACAUGUGUACAAAAUAAUGUGUGAAUAGCUACCAUGGUUUUCUGGGAUUCUUGAUACUGUGGCUGCAUUUCUUGGAUGAUGAAAAAGGUACUUGCUGCUAAAUUUGGGAUACGAUACACGAACUUCUGGUUACUUUUUUGGUCUUUGUUGUGCAUUAUACCAGGGAGAGGCUAUUUGUGCUUUAAAAAAAAAAAUUAAACUCAUUUUAAUAUAAAGUCUGCUGUAUUCAUUAGAGGCCUUCAUAAAUGGAAAACGUAAAGGGAAGAGCAAUGCUGGUUAGAUCAACUUUCAGUUUGAGGGUAAUGGAUAACAUUGCCCUUCUGUUGUUAACACAACCUAAAGUGUUAAUUGAAAUACUACUUACAAUAAGUGUAAUUCAUAUUUCUUGAUCCCACUUAGGUAUGUGGAAGGAGGGAGGUGAACAGAACCCCCCCUUUUGUUUACAUCUCUUUUAUUAGCAAUAUUCUUUUUGUUGAAUAACUACUUGCUGAAGUCCUCAACCUUGUAAUUUUAUUACUUUGACGUGUUUUUCAAUUGACCGUAUGAUGUGAUAUCCUAUAAAUUGAUGUAAGCCAUAACUUUAAAAAACAGCAAUCAGGGUAUUUUUUCAUCAAUCACUGUGUCACUGUGUUUGGGAAACAAUUUAACAGUUAUCAAAUAAACCAGUCUGUCAGUUUCAUUUGAAAAAGAAA